AUGGACAAGAAUGCCGCGAGAGAGAUGGAUCAGAAGGGAAAGUCCAAUGUUGUUGAAGAGUUCGUGCAAACGGCAUCUGGUGGCGUCAGGACGUACAAGGAUAAAGAGGCAUCGGAGCACGAUACUGCCAGCAGUCCUCUCGACGUGUUGCAAUCACAGUCAUGCUGCCUGACAUGCAAGAAUGACCGUGGGAAUUGCAGUAAUGAUGGAACAACAAAACGUUGUGUUGAAGUAACUCUGCACCAGACAUUUUGUAAAAGUGUGAAUAUUACAUGUGACAUGAGAGAAGCCGUAAACAGCAUCUCAGGAAAUAAAGUUGUCCUAUGUACCCCUGAAGGUUUUCACUAUAAGGUCAAUGUGACUAAAAGGAUUGAUGUCACGAGUAUUCAUGGUGCUAGAUGGAACGAGUUUCUAUUUGAUUACAAUCUAUUGGAGGGAGAUAAAGUUCUACUUAUAGUUACAAUAUAUGGUUUGCUUGUUGCUGCCAUAAGUAAGGAAAAUGUUUUUAAAAUCAGGUCACUGACAGCAGUUGCACAGAGUGUUGAAGAUGAUGUCAAACAUAUUAUAGAUGAUGUUGUGAUGACGAGAGGUUGUCGUCUUAUGGUGGAUGAAGAUGAUAAUUUGGUUCAAUGCAUAAGAACUUAUGGUGCUUUCGCGAUUUCUUCAUUUGUGCAUAGGAUAACACAAAGCGACAUGGGGAAAAUGAAAAUACCACGAGAAGUUGCUGAUGAAUUAGAUGUUUGCAAUGAAGGAAUGACACUGUUAGUAAUGUACAAGACUUUCAAUCUUGAAAUCGACGGAACAUACAAGAAAGCACCACCCAAAGUUGGAAGAAUUGUGCUAGUGACUGGAUGGAAGGCUUUCUGUGAGCAAGCAGGGAUUAUGAAGAAUAAAGCCAUCAUGAUGCAGUUCUUCAAGAGAAAUGAUGACCUGGUUAUAGUAACCACUUUAUUAUAGACGGCAUACUAUGUGGAUGGUAUGAAAUAUAUAGCAUAGUGUUCUAUGCAAUAUUUCCGUAAUGCAUAAUUCAUGUGUUCUCCUUGACUUGAAAACUCUAACAUUCGUUGCUAUGGAUAUUUGAUAUGUUUCUAUGGCGAACUAAAGUUGGGGCGCCAAGAAUAAGUUUUGUGUUGUGAAAUAA